AUGGCUCAGACAGUCCUCGCACUCAUGGUCCUUUUAACGUUUGCCCGAAGCAACAGUACGUUGACGAUGCAGCUUGGAGGCCAACUUAAACCUCCUGACACGGACACUGCUCCUGUUGGAACCAAUAUAGAGAUCGCACCUUUCAAGCCAGCACCAGAUGCAACUAUCACGGACCUUUUUGCUGCGCUAGAACUGUCGCACAUUCCAGCGCUUCCAACAGCAGAGAUAGUGCCUCCAAGUGGUUUCGAGAGCCCAACUAUAUCCACCAGGACACCAUACAACAACGUUGGUGUCAGUGACGUCUCCAACAUGAACCUUGGAAUCAACAUGGUGCUUGAGUUCACCAAAAGAGUUGAAAACAAGGGUCAAAGAUGCGGUAAGUCACACGGUUACAAACACAGGGACGGGGCUGCCAGAAUUGAGCAUUCCAUUGCUGAACCUGCUGGGCGGAAGUCCUCAAAUACAAGACUCUUUCGCAACAAGGGAGCCGGUCAGUACGACAACGCGAGCACCCGCCACUACAUCAGCCACAGCUACAACAUCGCCUACUACGAGCUCCACUACUACAACCACAACAUCGCCUACGACACAACAUCGCCUACGCCUACUUCGAGCUCCACUACAUCAAGCACAACCACAACAUCCCCUACUACGAGCUCCACUACAUCCAGCACAACCACAACAUCGCCUACUACGAGCUCCACUACAUCCAGCACAACCACAACAUCGCCUACUACGAGCUCCACUACAUCCAGCACAACCACAACAUCAACACCUCAGGGUCAAUCAACGGGUGUGUCAGGUGGUACAAAGCCUGGGUCAAUGGGUUCACAAGGGCUCCAAGUAGUUGUUGGGAUGCAAUCAGCUGGUGAGUCACAGGCAGCCGUUGGGUUGGAAUCAAGUGUGGGAACGGAAUCAGAUGAUGGGUCACAAUCAGGUGGUGUGUCACAGGCAGCUGUUGAGUCGCAAUCAGGUGGUGAGUCGCAAUCAGGUAGUGUGUUACAGGAAACUGUUGAGUCAAAAUCAGCUGGUGAGUCGCAAUCAGGUAGUGUGUUACAGGCAGCUGUUGAGUCACAAUCAGAAAACGGAAAUGGAAACGCUGUGUUACAGGCAACUGUUGAGUCACAAUCAGAAAACGGAAAUGGAAACGCUGUGUUACAGGCAGCUGUUGAGUCAAAAUCAGGUGGUGAGUCGCAAUCAGGUAGUGUGUUACAGGCAGCUGUUGUGUCACAAUCAGAAAACGGAAAUGGAAACGCUGUGUUACAGGCAACUGUUGAGUCGCAAUCAGGUGGUGAGUCGCAAUCAGGUAGUGUGUUACAGGCAGCUGUUGUGUCACAAUCAGAAAACGGAAAUGGAAACGCUGUGUUACAGGCAACUGUUGAGUCAAAAUCAGGUGGUGAGUCGCAAUCAGGUAUUGUGUCACAGGCAGCUGUUGAGUCACAAUCAGAAAACGGAAAUGGAAACGCUGUGUUACAGGCAACUGUUGAGUCACAAUCAGAAAACGGAAAUGGAAACGCUGUGUUACAGGCAACUGUUGAGUCAAAAUCAGGUGGUGAGUCGCAAUCAGGUAUUGUGUUACAGGCAGCUGUUGAGUCACAAUCAGAAAACGGAAAUGAAAACGCUGUGUUACAGGCAACUGUUGAGUCACAAUCAGAAAACGGAAAUGGAAACGCUGUGUCACAGGCAGCUGUUGAGUCACAAUCAGAAAACGGAAAUGGAAACGCUGUGUUACAGGCAACUGUUGAGUCGCAAUCAGGAGGUGAGUCGCAAUCAGGUAUUGUGUUACAGGCAGCUGUUGAGUCACAAUCAGAAAACGGAAAUGGAAAUGAUAAAGGCAAAAAGGGUUAG